AUGGACGGCAACCCAUCAACCCCACCGCGGCGCUCAGCUCUCGUCCUCUAUGGCUCCGAAACGGGCAAUUCGCAAGAAGUCGCCGAGGAGCUGGGGGCGCUAGCGGAGAGGUUGCAUUUCCAUACGCAUGUUGGGGAGAUGAAUGAGUAUAGGCCGGAGGUCUUGAAAUCGCAUACGCUCGUUAUAUUCGUUGUCGCGACGACAGGACAGGGUGACUUCCCGGCGAAUGCAAGGUCGUUUUGGCGGUCAUUGUUGUUGAAGAGGCUUCCGGGGGAUUUUCUGGAUGGGGUUCAGUUUGCGUCGUUUGGGUUGGGGGAUAGUUCUUAUCCGAAGUUCAAUUGGGCGGCGCGCAAACUGCAUAAGAGGCUGUUACAGCUGGGUGCGAAUGAGAUAUAUGAUGCUGGGGAGGCGGAUCAGCAGCAUCCCGAGGGGCUCGAAGGGACGUUUAUUCCAUGGUUGACAGGUCUGCGUACACAUUUGCUCGAGACGUAUCCGCUGCCUGAGGGGCUGGAGCCGAUACCGGAUGAUGUUCAAUUGCCGCCGAAGUGGAUUCUGAAGCUCCAGGAGGGGAAUGCGGCGACAGCACAGGAAGGACAUGCAGUUCCUGGGACACAUGAGAACCUGCCCGCGCCUGAAGAGAACCCGAAGGAGAAUAAGCGAUUGACUCCGCAGAAGCAUUGGCAGGACGUGCGACAUGUAUCCCUUACGGUCCCUGAACAUACGUCCUACGUCCCUGGGGAUAUGUUAUGCAUUACCCCCAAGAACUUCUCUGCCGACGUGGAUGCUCUGAUCCAAAUGAUGGGUUGGGAGGAUAAAGCUGAUCAGCUCAUCUGCUUGGUUCCUAAUAGCCAUAUCCCCGCUGAUGAUCUCCCUUUGCCACCUAUUCGGGGUCUCGACUCCUACCCGCAGUUGACACUACGGGCACUUCUUACGGACUAUCUCGAUAUUCAGGCUAUCCCGCGUCGGUCCUUCUUUGCGGAGAUUGCGCAUUACACGAAUGAUGAGAUGCACAAGGAACGUCUACUAGAGUUCACAUAUACCAGUCCCGAGUAUCUUGACGAGCUCUGGGAUUAUACUACCCGUCCGAGACGAAGUAUUCUGGAAGUCUUGCAUGAGUUUGACACGGUCAAGGUGCCGUGGCAGCAUGCUAUUUCGGUGUUUCCCGUUCUUAAGGGGAGACAAUUCAGCAUUGCUAGUGGGGGCGAGUUGAAGAGGGGCCCUGAGGGCGGCACCAAGUUUGAACUGAUGAUUGCCAUUGUUAAGUACCAGACCGUCAUCAAGAAGAUCAGACAGGGUGUAUGUACACGGUAUAUAUCUGCGCUUCGACCCGGAAGCACUUUGAAGGUACAACUGCAGCGCGGUGGACUCAAUUCCUCCGUCAACCAGCUAGUUGGUCCAACCGUCCUGGUCGGCCCCGGCACCGGUCUGGCACCGCUGCGAUCUAUGCUCUGGGAAAAAGCAGCAAUUAUCAAGGCAUAUCAGGAGGAAAACCCCGGGGUUGAGCUCGGCAUCGGACCUACGCUUCUUCUCUACGGCGGUCGCAACCGCGAGGCAGAUUUCUUCUUCGAAGAUGAAUGGCAGCAGCUCGGCCAGUUGACCAAGUUGAAUGUACUCACUGCAUUCUCUCGAGAUCAGAAACAAAAGGUCUACGUGCAAGAUGUGAUCCGGCAGAACUAUGCGCUGCUGUUUAAGCUGCUGCAUGACAUGGCGGGGUCGGUGUAUAUCUGCGGUUCCUCCGGACAGAUGCCCAAGGCAGUAAGGGAGGCGCUGACAGAAGCAUUCCAGCACGGCGCAGAGGUGGAAACCGAUCGAUUCAACGAACAAGGGGCCGAGCAGUAUCUGCUUGGCAUGGAGAAGACGGGACGGUAUAAGCAGGAAACUUGGUGA